GUGAACGGGCUGAACUACAUUUUGGUUAUAGGGAAGCUAAUUAAAUGGCGGAUGGUACUAGAGAGCUUCCUGAUAUGCACUCUGCUCCUCUUUUCUAUGAACUGUUUCUUAUAUGAUGUUAGGAUGGAUUCAGUAAUCAAUCCAUAUAUAGGGUGCAUGUUGCCUUAUUAUAGAUAUUCUGUUCCUCGUGCAAAGGCUUUCAAUCAAAAAAAGAAAAAGAAAACAAGGGUAUGGAACAAAAUUGACAUGCUGAUGGACUGAGAAACCAAAGAAUAAAAUUGAAGGCACAUUUAAGGUAUUUAUACAAUAAUUGCUGAUGCCGAGAUCGACAGGAGCUGCUCCUGGCCCAAGCUAAUCCAAUCUCCUACUCUCAGGUGAUGCCACUCCGAUGCUUUAAGUUAUUAGAAAGAACAUGAAAAACCGAAGUGGUCCAGUGGGCCGGAAGCAUUUUAAUUUGUGUAUUACUGCGGCUCAGAUGCUAAAGGAACAAACACACUAGACAGGGUGACUCUUUCCCUAUCACACACUAGGGUUUAGAGUUUCAAUGGAUGGAGAAAUGGACCCAGAAAUAACCCGUUUGUUCAUGCACUUCCUUAUGUGGGAACCAGUCGACCUAAUGUUGAUGAAGAAGCGCCUGGAAUCUGCCCCGCCUUUGGACGGCAACCCUCGCCCCAAGAAAGUAUUCCUCCUCCUCUCCAUCAAAGCUAAAAUCUUGAGCGGAAACAUUUCGGAGGAAAUCCUCGACCAUUUGGAGAUGAUCGAGCGCAUCGACCGCAGCCAAUGUCUCAGAAUCACUGACUCCAUGAACCAAGCUUACUGCGCUGUCGCACUUGAAUGCACCGCCAAGUACUUGGCCGUUAAUUGGGACGGGAAUAGCAGGUAUUUGGAUGCCGUUAACAGAAUCUGGAGGGGUAGAAUUGCAAAUCUGGAAAAAUCCAAGGCAUCCAAGUUGGUGACCACCGACGAACUGAGAAGUCGUCGACAUCAAGUUGAGGCUGCCAUUGAGGAUGAGGAGGUCGCCAACGUGUUAAUCGCUACCAAUUCGCUCAAUGAGGCCAUUAGGAUGAUUAAGGUUUAUUUGAAGGAAGCUCAGGCCUUGAUGGGUAUCUCAUCCCUUGAAAGAGAAUGUGAGUUAUUCCUUGAAAGAGAAUGUGAGUCCCGUUUUCCUGUAGUAGAGGCGGAAUAAACUUUCAUGAGCAGAAAAAAAGAAGGCAUAUGGUGUAUUAACCUCAACCACAAACCCAUCCUGGUUGACUGUCUUGAAUAUUCGACUGUUUUUGCAUGUCUCAAAGUAUAUUUUGGUUUUAGGAAGCUAAUCAAAUAGCUAACCUCUUGUUGAGGAGAGCUGCUAGUAUUAGACAGCUUCAUGAUAUAAACUCUGCUCUCUUUUUGGAUGACU